CGACAGCCGCCACAUAACAAUUUUUUUAGGUUAGGAAAACUCAUCUAAAUCUAGUACCAUAAUCAAAAUCUAGUUUAAAAAUCCAAAUAAAUUUAGGUACGAUAGUUUAUAAAUCAAAAUCCAUUGACAACUCUUAUAUUUUAAAACGUAUUAAUGGCACUUAUUGUCAUUCCAGGAUCAUCUGCCCGGCACUUGCACUACCUAUUCCCCAAAAUACCUCAUCUCUAUCUUAUAUUAUGAAUAAUCCCUACUUUAGUUUUAUUAUAUGCUCUAUAAUCAAAUUAAUCUUAUACAUAGUUCUCUACAAAUUAUAUAAGAAACUCAAAAAAAUAAUCAAAUUACGUACAAAUAAAUCUCAUAAUUCUAAUCAAACCAAUAUACCCCUUUCAGGGCCUUCGCCUCGGCGAAUGGAGCUACAGGUCAAUUGACCGAACCACUCCCUUCCUACUCCGGUCUAUUCUUUAAAAACGAAGGCACGAUCUACCUAAGCGACGAAUCCUGGAAAUUAGUUAUCUACAGGGAUCUUAGACACCUUUUUAUCGCAAAAGAUUCGCUUGUUCGAUUAGCAACCAAAUUUCAUAUCGUCUCUACCCAAUAUAAUAAUUUUACCCACAUUGAAACCACGAAAUCUUUUCUUAAACUAAACCAAGAAAAAAUCGAAAACCGUUUAGCAGAAUUAAAUAUGUACUUAGGAAAAAAUUCAAGACAAAAGCGCGAAUUAUUAGACGGCCUGAGCGUCGUCCUUAAAUGGCUCAUUGGUACACCUGAUGCCAAAGACGCCAUGCAUUAUGAAGAUUAUAUUAACCAACUCGAAAAACGUGAAACCGAUCUUUCAUCACUUAUGCUCGAACAAACUCAAAUAAUUUCUUCGACUGUCAAAACCUUCAACGAAUCAAUUCUCAAAAUCACUUAUGAUGAUUUAAUUAUUAACGAAAACAUCGAACGCUUAAAUAAUUACCUUAACUCCUCUCAAUCACUUCUGUUUAGUUUAAAAGCCAGCCUAGAUGUGUCAGCUAUUUCCCUUCAAAUUUUAGAGUCAGUAGUAAACCUUGAAAACGAAAUCAACGAAUGCCUAACUAGUAUCCUCUUUGCAAAGUCCAAUACAAUUAAUCCGUCAACUAUAACCUUGAAAAAACUUUAUAAAGAACUCCUCUUAUCGAAUCAUAUUCGCACGAAUAAACAUCUAGUUGCCACCAUUAGCCCACAAAAUAUACACACAAUCUUAGAAUCUUCCUCUCUAUCAUCAUAUGUAUAUUCAGAUAAACUUGUAUAUAUACUUACAUUCCCUUUAAUUCAGAAUGACCCUCUCGACUUAUACCAUGUAUACUCCAUCCCUAUAAAACAUCCGAAUUCCUCUCUUCAUACCACAUUCCUCCCUGAGCACGUGUACCUGGCUGCGAACCCCAGCGGCCAAACCUACGUGUCGACAAGCAGUUUAGAAACCUGCAAAACAUACGCCAGCGAAAAACAAGUCUGCACCGGUCUCGUCGCCUACGACGCUACAGCUCGUCCCCUGUGUGAACUACAAAUUCUCCACAGCAUCUCCAAAUCCCUUCCGAAAAUCUGCACUACUUCAACCUUCGAAGCCGACAUCAACACUUUUCAAUACAUCGAGAACAACAAGUGGCUAUACAUACUGUCUGGCGAAACCAACUGCGUCCUACAAUGCACUAAAGAAGUAACACAUCACAAGAUACAGGGCGCAGGCAUCCUAUCAUUACAGAAAAACUGUAAACUCCACACUGGAUACAGCACGCUAUCAGCAUCCCAGGACUCCGAAGAAAAUAUAACUUACCCUAUAAUCGUACCCGACAUAAGAACUGACGACUGUAAAAUUAAUGAAUUGCCACUAGAUUCCUUGAAACAAAUGAAAAACCAUAUAGAUAAAUACGGAGAAGAAAUCAAGAAAAUAAAAUCCACAACAUUCGCCCAAAGGAACAACACUACCUUCUCUUGGGUUUAUUUUACACUUGGCAUAAUAAUGUUAGCCUACCUUGUAUUUAAAAUUUGCAAACGCUGCCCCAAUGGACUUCUACUACGUCGCCGAACACCAAAUUCUCCAAAUCGCGAUUCCAACGGAUGCAUCCAGAUCUUCAAUAACUGCUUUGCAAAUUCAUCUCGACAACAGAGAACCCACGUCGCAAUUCCCAUGUCUACAAUCUCAACUAGCUGCGUCACAGAUGAUGAAGACGAAGACAUCGAGCCUCAGCAUUCUCAGCCAAUCUCACCCGUUUCCAUUGUUCCUGCGACUUCUAAAAGAUCAGGCGCUAACGCCCAAUCUUUAUUCUAAGGGGGGAGGUGUUAUAUAAUAUGAUCCAUCCAUAUACCUAGUUUUAGUUAUUAAGUUGCUACUCACAUAUUUGUUUACCUUUCCCAAUAGUUUUGUACUUUGAAAUCAUAAUUAGUUUCUUAAAUACUUUAUUUACACUUCCCAUCAAUAAUUGUAAACAUCCUCAUGUCUUAAUGUGUUAUUUGUCAUUACUCAUUAGUGUUAACUUAUCUCAAAUGGUCCUGAGACCAUAAUCUGUUUAUUAUUCUCAUGUUUAUCCUAAUAUCCUAAUGAGACUUGUCUCCCUUAUAAGCAGUACUACGUCCCAAAUUAAAUCAGUCUGGUUUGAACCGACAAACUGUGUUUUACUCCACGCCACAUAACACUCGUCAAUGUAAUUAAUUAUUAGUAUAAGUAUGUUUCACUCAUGUAAGUGAAUUGUAAUAUUCUUAUGAGUAAUAAAAGAUUCUUUAAACCUAAAUAAAUAAAUGACACUUAUUGAAUUGACAUGAAACCUAUUAAAAAUCUACAGUCAAGCGUGAGUCGGACUUAGGAGAAAAAUACUGUUAGGCUGUUUUAGGGACACAGCCGCAAUGGUUUACGUGAAGCUGAAGGCCGAGCUGAGGAGGUUAGUGCUUGAGCACUAACUGUGUUUGAACACAGAACAAUAGUACAUGUGGCCUUGUUCAUAUUUCCUGCAAAUUUCACAAGUAUCUUAAAUGCGAAGGCCGAAGCCAGAGUUCCGCGUAGAGCCGAAGGGCACGAAGCAUUCAGGAUAGGCACGCCUACAUGCGAGGCCGAAGGCCGAGCUGCGGGAGAUUAAUGCUUAAACACAGAAUAACGGUCUAAUUAUCUUAAUUGCAAAGCCCGAAGGCCGAGCACCGAGGGCCGAAGUUGUGUACAAACUGAGCUGUCAAUAUGUGGCACAGCUUCUAUAGAUAAUGCAACGUGGCAGUCUGUCCAUACACGGGAAAACAUCUUGUAUGGGAUUUACCUGUGCCAUAGCAGGCAAUUUCGAGAAUGGCGCUAUGCCCGUAAACAAACGUGUUAAAUAAAAUGCGGCUAGGCUUUAUUUGGCACACAGCCGCAAUAUUAUUUGUCCUGUACUAUUGAUUGAUUAGGUACUUGCUACUAUUGUUCCGUGUUUGAGCACUACAUUCGCACAGAUCUGUCUUCGGCUUUUGCCUUUAGGCUAAAUACAAGUGCCUAUUAGCUUUUAGCCUCAAACAAGAGCAAUCAAAGAGCGAAUGCGUGGUUUCUACUAGCGCAAAAUCAGC